CUGUCAAACAAACCAGUCAGUCGUUCGUUUGUCGCCCGAGCGCGCUCCGUGUCGCUGCUCGUUGCAAAGAACUCACGUCGAAACAUCGUAUAAUCUAACCCAAUAUCGCUAUUGGGUGAUAACUUAUCAUGUGCUAUGACGCGACGAUAUAUUUUAAAGUUCUCUCAAGAUAAGCGACUGUGUAGUGAUUAAAUUAUUAUAUUGUGCACGGUUAGAGAAUGUGUGCGCACUGACGUUCUCACUAAAGGAAAACUUAUUACCGUUACGUAGUGCUCUUUUACUAUGUCGUUAUUUAAGAAGAAGGCGCCUAAAUACACGCCGCCUCCUGUGCCACAGUCUCCCGUGGAGGAGCCUCAGCAGCAAGCAAACGGAGUGGACAAUAACAAUGGGGCACAGAAGUCACAGUUGGUUUUCCACUGUCAGCAGGCACACGGCAGCCCUCUCGGACUCAUUUCUGGAUUUUCUAAUGUCAAGGAACUUUAUCAAAAGAUAGCAGAAUGUUACGAUUUUCCGCCUGAUGAGAUACUAUUUUGCACGCUGAAUACUCACAAAGUGGAUAUGAAGAAACUACUAGGUGGACAAAUAGGAUUAGAAGAUUUCAUAUUUGCACAUAGAAAAGGUCGUCCUAAAGAAAUAGAAAUAGUUAAAACUGAAGAUGCCUUGGGAUUGACAAUAACAGACAAUGGUGCUGGAUAUGCUUUUAUAAAAAGGAUAAAAGAAGGCUCUAUUGUAGCGAGAAUACCACAUAUAGAGGUCGGAGACCACAUCGAGAAACUGGAUGGAGAAAAUAUGGUUGGCAAAAGACAUUAUGAAGUCGCAAAGAUUUUAAAGGACAUUCCAAAAGGAACUACUUUUACGAUUCGAUUGGUCGAACCACUUAAAAGCGGGUUCGCAAGUAUUGGACCAAAGACUAGCGGAGCAAAAUCUGGAAGGAAACAGAACUACGGAUCCGGCAAAGAGACAUUACGGUUUAAGGCCAAUGGCCAGGCAACAAUAGAAAACGACCACGAUGAAAGAUCGAAAGCUGGCAUCGAGAAAAUCAACAGUUUGCUGGAAUCGUUCAUGGGCAUCAACGACUCCGAGUUAGCAUCACAGAUGUGGGAUCUUGCCGAAGGAAAAGCAAAUUCUAUGCAACUAGCGGAAGCCAUCGAUAAUAGUGACUUACAAGAAUUCGGAUUCACUGACGAGUUUAUAAUUGAAUUAUGGGGUGUUAUUACUGACGCUAGAUCUGGUAGACUCAGUUAGAAACGUUUUUAUUUUGUAAGGUUAAUAACACGAAUGUUUAUGUAGAUAAAAGUUGCCUUAAUAGAUAUUAUAAACUGAUAAUUUUAGUCCCUCGGAAUGACGGCCGGUGACCUACUUUGUACGGCUGCAUUAAACAUUAUUUAAAACUUCACAUACACUGCCGCUAUUUCGAUCCGUUGAGAAUGUGAAUCCCUACUUGUUUCGUUAAAAAGCAUCGGUUCUGAUAUUAUUAGUUUUACACUUGAAGUACUCUGCUAUUCUUGGAACAAAUUUACAUUCAUAGAACCGGUCCUGUUAAUGAAAUAAUUGGAAGUUCCACCUGUUGUUAAACCAAACAAAACCACUUGGUAGGUACUUUAAUAGUCCCGUUGUGCUAAAGUUGCGCUCCCCGCUUGAGCGACGGCAGCCAGUUCUUCGUUUUAUGUAGUGCAUUCUUUCAUUUAAAUGUUUAAACGACUUUGUAAUCAGCACUUGUAUUAUUUUUUAAUUCAUAAUAUCAGUGUUGGUUGAUUAUCUUCAAAGUGUGUAUGAUUAAUUUGAGUCGAAUAUGAAUAAUGGAUAUGACACGUAUACUGCUAAGUACAUGAUAAACUUGUACCAAAUUAAAAGUGUCGACGUUGCUUCAAUGCAAUAAAACGUGAUAGGUACUGGCCUAAUUAUUCAUUUCAACUUGUAAACAAAAAUACGAUGCAUUUGUUGAAAAAUAAAGAUAGCAUUUAUUUAAAACAGAUUGCCUUUGUGGUGGGAUUAUGAUUAAAGUAUAUUAUUUAUAUGGAAACUUGUAUGUUAGUCAUUAUGAAAAUGGUGCAAAUUGUCAGCAGUUUGAAGAAAAAUAAUGGUACAAAGGAAGUUAACUAGCAACACUAGGUACAAAAAUAUAGGUACACGAAAACGUUCGUGUAACCGUGUGAUGUUUUUGAGCAUUUAAGAUAUUUAGAUUUACAAAUACCUUAUUAAACUAGAUUACUUUUCAAUGAUUUUGGACAUAUUACAAGGACAAUAAUUAUAACUUUACGCCUGUCUCCUAUGAAUCUUACAUAUUAACUCUUUCGCUUCAUCAAUAGUCAUCAGUCUUUUCAUGCAAGCUCAUUUCAUGUCCUUGUAAUAUUAUUUUCUAAUAACAUUAGAAAGAUGACAGGAUUUUUUAUUAAUGUAAUUGUCAAAAUAAAGAAAUGUUAAAUAAUAAAUACGUCUACGAAUAUAAAAUUGUAUUGUUAUUUAGGAGGGAUUGUUUUAUGUUUUCUUGACGAUGGACGAUAUAACGUCAGUUUAUUUAGAAGUGAGUCAAAGCAUUACCUAACGAAAGAGAUCCUAUAAUAUGUUUAAAGCUAAUUUAAAAUUGUAAGCGCACUAGUAGGUAUUAAAUGAAUAGCGUCUCAUUACUUCAGUAUACCUACCUACACUUUAUACACUUUACAUUAUCAAUGUUGAUGCACCUAAUCGGUGCUUGUAAGUAAUGUAGGUCCGUGAUUUAUUUUAUAGAUAUUGGUAAUUGCAAAUAAUGAAGAUAUUAAUAAAAACGAGUCAUUUAUUUGUUAGAAAGUAAAUUGAUAAGUUUGCCUUAUGUAAGUUGUAUAACUUUCCGUGUAAGUUGCUUUAUAUAGAAAUUUAUUAUUAUGUUAAUAAUUAAGGCCUAUUUUUCCACUGCUAAGUUAUUUCUGGUCGAUUAACUGCCAACAAAGUAACUGAAAUAUAACUGAGAGGUGGUAAAACAAGGUCUUAAGGUACCUAGUUAACGCAUUUUAGAACAACUUCCAAUCUGUGUGAGUGAAAAUCGGAUUAUUAUCUAAUUUGUGGAAUGCCUACCUAUACGUAGGUGAUGAGGUAGUGAAAAUGUACACCAAUAAUUUAAAAGUUUUGUAGAAAACUUCCAAGUAUUAUUUUAUGAAAUUCUGGAACGUUAAUUUGGUAUUUAUUUGAUGAAAUGGUGUUUUUCAAUUGUAUCGAUAUUAAGAAUAAGUAUUUUUAGUUAUUUAAUAUCUAAGUCUUAAAGAAGCAUUGUUCUAAUUAUCAGAUUUAUUUUUCGAUAACAAUACUUACACAAAAUUAUAUUCAUAGAGUUCUUAUAGAUACCUAUAUUAAAAAAGUUAUAGACUUUAAAAGUUGAACCUAAGUGCCUAUUUACAAGAUUUAAUUUGAUUGAACAUUAUUAUUAACUUGACUAUAAGAUAUCUACUUAUGUACAGUCAUUAGAUAUCUAGAAUGUUUUAUAUUAGAUAAUAGAAAAACAUAAUUAAUAGAAUUAAAAUAAAGUUAAAAAUUAAAUGUAAAGAGGAACACUAUUUAUAUAAAAUAAAUAUUUUCUGUAUUUUUA